AUGGCCAUGGCCAUGUCUGGUAAAGCAAUGAUGAUGUUUGUUAAUGAAGACCUCUUGACCGAAAUAUUUGUUCAUUUGCCUUCGAAAUCACUUGUCCGAUUCAAGUCGGUUUCCAAGUACUGGCUGUCUCUCAUCUCAUCAUCUCCAUCCUUAAUUCUCCUCCGCAGACGACGACGGCGCCAGGGCUUGCUGAUUCAUAAAUUAAGAAAUUUUAACCGAAUAAAUUUCAUUCCCCUGAACAGCAUCAUCAACAACAACAACAAUCAUGUCAAUGCGAAUGCGAAUGCGAAUGCGAAUGUGAAUGAUGAUGAUGAUUAUCCAGAUCUGUUCUUCUUCCGUAAACUCUAUGCAAUCCAUUUAAUAACUUCAUCCAACGGGCUUCUAUUUUGUGCCAGUAGUUGCCAUAAAUAUCACGUCUUAAAUCCCACCACUAUGCAAUUCCUGACCGUUAGAGAACCAAACCUCACUCACUUCGGGCUGGUUGGACUUGGUUUGAUAUUCGAUCCAUCUAAAUCUAUUCACUACAAGCUGGUUUGUCUUUGGAAGAGCGAUAUUGAUUUUCAGGUGGAGAUUUACUCAUCUGAGACCAAAUACUGGAAGGUUCUACAUCAUUGUAAGUCACCCCUUCCAUCUAAUUAUUAUAAUCAUCUGACUUUUUAUCCUGCUGGAAUUUACUGGAACGAUGCAAUCAUCUGGUUCCCCAAUGGCAAUGGAAAGAGUGAUUGUCUAAUCUUCGAUACCCAAAAGGAGCAGGUGAGAACCCUUCCAAACAGGGAGUCGGGUCUUGAGUUCUGUUUUGGCGAAUCAGGAGGACAUCUUUACGCAGUUGAAUGGUAUCGAAACUUUUACACCAAAGCCUUUAGAGUAUAUGAAAUGAAGGAAGAUUUAUCCGGUUGGCUCGUCACGUAUACCGGUGACCUAUCUCAGAUCGAAUCCGGGUUUCGUGUAUUGAGCUUGGUUUGGACCAACGACGACGAAAAACCCCAUCUCGUUUUGGAUUUAGAGUCUCAGAUCGUAAGCUCCAAUCUCGAGGAGGAGGAGGAUGAUAUGAAGAUUAAUGAGGUUUCUGGUGUUCAACCGCCUUUAUUUAAUGGCGAAUCUAGUCGAUAUAAUUUUACUCCAGAUGUGUUUCAGUAUGUUGAGUGUCACUCCAGCGUUUCGCCGCUCUGA